AUGGCAGCCGUCCUGGAUGCCUUGGCACCCUACGUCAAGAAGCUAAUAACAGACAUGGCACAAGACGAGGUUUCCAUGUUGCUGGGCAUCUCCGCCGAGAUCACCAAGCUGGAGGACAACACGGAAGGCCUCAAAGCCUUCAUGGCAGAUGCCGAGAGGAGGCACAUCACUGACACGAGCGUGCAAAGAUGGUCAACAAAGCUCAACAACGCCAUGUAUGACGCCACUGACAUCCUCGACCUGUGCCAGCUCGAGGCCAACAAGCGCAGGGAGUCCAGAGGUGGCGAUGGCAUAGAACAGAAGUUGCCCAGCUGCUUCCAGCCAUUGCUCUUCUGCCUGCGGAAUCCCGUGUUCGCACACAAGAUAGGCAGCCGCAUCAAGGAGCUCAACCAGAGGCUGGAAAGCAUCCACAAGGAGGCGGACAAGUACAAGUUCAAUAUUGGCCUCGGUUCCAACCCGGAGCCAAGGAAGCUAACUACUGCUGAGCCAUCCAGCUAUAGGACAAGUUCACUUGUCGAUGAGUCAGCCAUAGUUGGGGAACAGAUAGAGAGGGAUACAAGGGAGCUCAUUCACUUGCUAACCUCAAGUGAUGAUAAUCACAACAUCAAAGUUGUGUCUAUAAUUGGUGUUGGUGGCAUGGGAAAGACUACUCUUGCCCAGAAGAUCUUCAAUGAUGCAACCAUCCAAGAGCACUUCAAGACAAAGACGAUAUGGCUAAGCAUCACUCAACAGUUUGACGAGGUUGAGCUACUGAGGACAGCAAUCAAGCAUGCUGGAGGCGACCAUGGUGCUGAGAAGGACAAAAACACUCUGACGGAGACCCUAUUCCACACCCUGUCCAGUGGAAGGUUUCUGCUGGUGAUGGAUGACGUGUGGAGCCAGAAAGUGUGGAACUAUGUGCUUAGUGUCCCAGUCAGAAAUGCUAGCAAGAAACAACCUGGAAGCAGGGUCCUUGUCACCACAAGAUCUGCACACCUACCCCAACAGAUGCAAGCCCCCCUUCACCAACACCGUGUCAAGCCUCUAGAAAAUGAUGAUGCUUGGUCUUUGCUCAAGAAGCAGCUGCAGCCUGAUCAGGUAUAUGGAAUUGAUCAACUGAAACCUAUUGGGAUGGAAAUUCUUGAAAAUUGUGAUGGCUUACCACUUGCAAUUAAAGUGAUUGGAGGUCUCUUGAGCACAAGAUACCCAAGUGAGCAUGAGUGGAAAUCUGUUUUGAACAAGCCAGCUUGGUCAUUGACCGGACUGCCUCCAGAACUCGACAACCGGCUAUACUUGAGCUAUGAGGACUUGUCUCCCCAGAUAGUAACUAGGAUGUGGAUUAGUGAAGGAUUUAUCCAACCUUUGGAUGGUAGUAGUACUAUUUCACAAGAGUAUGAGUUCGAAGAGAUGGCAACUGAGUACUACCAAGAGUUAAUAAAGAGGAACCUUAUAGAACCUACAAAAGAAUAUUCUCUCACCGGAUACCGGUGCACCAUGCACGAUGUGGUCCGCACCUUUGCUGAAUACAUGGCAAGAGAAGAAUCACUAGUGGUGGUGGUUGGCAGAGAACAGGCUGCUAGUGCUACUGGUAUGCAUGUCCGUCGCCUCUCCAUAGACCAGACCGUAUCAGUACUGGAUUGGGGCAUUUUGCAAAGGCGAGAGUCACUUAGGACAUUAAUUAUAAAUUCUAGAGUAAACUUUCAUCUUCCUGGUGACUCGCUGAGUAGUUUCUCUAGCCUACGGGUACUGUACAUAUGGUCUGCUGAUUCUAAUAGAUUGGUUCCCUCUCUAUCUAUGUUGAAGCACUUAAGAUACCUUCGCUUAAAGGAUACUGAUAUAUCUAGGCUACCGGACGACAUCCACAAGAUGAAAUUUCUACUAUACAUUACACUUGUUGACUGUAACAAGCUAUGCUAUCUUCCUAGCAGCAUCAUAAGACUUGUGCAUCUAAGAUCUCUUAACAUCGAGGGAUCAAAUGUCAGUGCCGUGCCUAAGGGGUUCAGUGAGUUAACAAAUCUGAGGUCACUUUCUGGCUUCCCAGUACACGUGGACAUGGAUGCAAGCAAUAGCUGGUGCAGUUUGCAAGAGCUGGAGCCUCUCUCUCAGCUUAGGGAUCUUACAUUAUAUGGCCUAGAGAAGGUGCAGGACAGCCGGAUGGCUGAAAAGGCCAUGAUUAGCAGCAAGCGCCACCUUCAGUAUCUAGAGUUGAACUAUAGUGCAAGUGGACAUACUAUAGGGACAGAUGGUGCUGAGGCAGAGCAGCAGCAGCAACAGAGUGUGACCGAGGAAAUCUUGGAAAAGCUCUGCCCUCCAACCUGCCUGGAGCAUCUACGUGUGAUUGGAGGAUACAUUGGUCGCCGGCUACCAGACUGGAUGUGUGCUCCAGCAUCGUCAGAGUUUAAGAGCAUAAGGUAUUUGAGGUUAGAGAACCUGCCUUGCUGCACCCAGCUCCCUGAUGGUCUGUGCUGCCUCCCAAGUUUGGAAUUGCUGAUCAUCAUAGACGCGCCAGCCAUCAAUCGUAUUGGCCCCCAAUUCCAAGCGUCAUCCUCCGUGGCAGCUAGAGGUUCCACUGCUAGUACAUCUGCACCGUUUCCGAAACUGAGAAGACUGAAUAUGGUUGGGCUACGUGAGUGGGAGGAGUGGGAAUGGAAUGACUGUGAGGAGCAUAUGGAUGUGGAAACUGCCAUAGCCAUGCCUUGUCUGGAGAGACUCCAAAUCGAAAACUGCAAGCUGAGCUGUCUUCCACCAGGCCUCGCCAGCACCAAGAGGCGUACUCUUAGAGAACUAUGCCUUUACGAGCUCACCAACCUGACACAUGUGGAGAACAUCCCUUCAGUUGUGGAACUUGACGUGUUUGACUGCCCUGAGCUGAAGAAGAUCACAGCACUCGACAGCAGGUUGCAGGAGAUUAGGAUCGUUCGCUGCACAAAGCUGGAGGUUCUAGAAGGUGGCACAGCACUCGACAGCCUUGUACUGCAGGACACCACCAUGGAGACGCUUCCAGGAUACCUGCGAGCAGUAAACCCAAGAUAUCUCAAGUUGUAUUGCAACAAGAAGCUAUACGAAUCCUCCUCAUCUCCAGGUAGCUCCGAAUGGGACAAGAUCAGCCACAUUGGAAAACGCGACAUCAACUGCCUCGAAGAUUGA